AUGCUUUAAAUACCAAAGAAAUCGAUCACUUAUGAAAAGAUAUUAGCUGAUUUUUAUUAACAAUUUAUUUCUUAGGAGAUAGCUAGUUAGAGACCUUAGAUUGAAUUUUUGCAUUUCUUAUGCAGUUCAUUUAUGAUGGAAAAGCUAUAUAAAAUUUAUUAGGAAAGUUUAUUAAAAAAGGAAGAUGAAUAAUUGUAGGCACGUAAAGAAUUAAAUGAAUUCAUUUAAUAUAUGGUAAACUAGAAUGCAGCAUAUUUAAAUGAAAGUAUUCGUGAUGAAUUAUUAACAUUAUCUAAAAAUCGACAUGAUGAUUAAUAUUUAUCUGGAUAUAGUCAAUUUUAUAAAUAUUGUCCAAUAACUACAACAUCAAUAAUGUUUGAGAAAAUAAAUUAUAUUUCAGAAUAUUUAAAACAUUAAAAUCAAAUAUUCUAAGAUUUCAAAAAUAAACUUAAGUUUAAUCAAUAUUCAAAUAGUGAUUAUUUUAGUACAAAUAGAUAUGCAACUUUAAGUGGAUUAUUCUAAUUUAAUAAAGAAAUGGAAUCUAUUUAAAUAAAUGCAAAAGAUGAUAAAUGGAGAGAUUUAAAAUUAAUUGAAGAAAAUAUGAAAACAAAAGAAAAAUAUUUUAAUACUUUUAUAGAAGAUGAUUGGUUAAGAAUCAUAGUUUAAAUAGAGAAAUGUUAAAAAUCUCAUCUUGAUCCUUUGAGUUAAUAAGAUUUCUCAGAAAUUCAAUAAUUAAUUGAAUAAAAAUAAUUACCUUAUCAAAUUGCAAAUCAAAUGAAAUAAGAAGUGAUAAAAAAGUUAUAAUAGAGAAGAUAAUAAUAAUAAUAAUAAUAAGAUAAUAGUAAUGAAAAAUAAGUUAAAUAUUCUCAAUUAAUCAAAUAUAAAUUAUCACAUGAUACUAAAUUAAUUGAAUGUUUAUUAAAUUAAUAAAAGAAUUUACUUGGUAUUAAAUUAUAAGAUUUACCUAAUGUGAUUUCUUAUAUUUAAAUAAGUAAAUUUUGUAAAAUAAUAUGUUGUGGUUGUUAUGAUGGUAACAUAUUAAUUUAUGAUAUGAAUGAAUUAAAAUAAAAUAGAUAAAAUAGAUUACUUUGUAAUCCUAGUUUUGAAAUGCAUAUCCAUGAAGGACCUGUAACAGCUAUUAGCAUUCUCUAUGAUGAGAAUUAUAUAAUUUCAGUUUCAGUUGAUUUAACUAUAAAAUUUUCAUGCUUAAAAUCUAGAUAACCUUUAGUUGUUUAUAAAGGACAUUUAUAAACAAUAUGGCAUUUAGCAUUUGCUCCUAUGGGUUAUUGGUUUGCAAGUGCAUCUUCAGAUGGAACAGCUCUAUUAUGGGCUACUGAUUAAAAUUAAUGUAUUAGAAUAUUUGGACCUGUAAUGAAUUAAGUCAAAUUAGUAGAAUUUGUUCCAUCUGUUGAAUAUGUAGUUACUGCAGAAGAAAACAGAAUCUUUAGAAUUUGGUCUAUUGAUAAAGCUGAAUGUAUGUAUAUAUCCUUUUUGGAUGGAAAUAUCACCUGUAUGAAUGUUUCAUUUACUGGUUAAUUUUUAUGUAUUGGGUGUGAUUCUGGAUCAGUUGUUUUAUUCUAUUUGCCUAUUACUAGACUUUUAAAAGAAAAGAUCUAUUUAUAAAGAAGUGAUUUUCAUAGUGCAAAUGGGAGAGAUUAUAUAAGAUCAGUAUCUAUUAGUCUUGAUGAAACAACUUUAAUGUGUUGUAAUUCAAAUAGAAUAGGAUUUUUCAAUAUAUCUGAUUUGAUGAAGAAGACAAGUGAAGAUGUCUUUAAAGGUUUGGAAUAAAGUAUUAAAUCAAUUGAAUAUGAAAAAAAUAAUUGGAGUAGAAAUGCCAUUCCGAUAGAAUUAUUAGAAUUAUAAGAUUACAUUCAUUUGGCCUAAUAUGUGUGCAAUGGGUUUGCUUUAUAUGUUUGUAAAUGA